AUGUCGGUUCUGAGCCGCCUCCGCCAGUGUGCUGUCGCUCGGCCAGCGUCCGUCCACAGCUACGUCGCCGCGGCUUCGCUGCUCCAUAUCCAACCGAACUUUCAGCAGACGCAAUUCCGAUCCGACUCAUCCCACACCGCCAGCGCCACAGCAAAGAGAACCCGCAGUGGGAAACCCCAGAGUCCGUUGCCAUCGCCAGAUCCACUCUCGAUCGACGGCUCCUCCUCUGCCCCAUUGAGCAAAGGCGUCAGUCAGCCAGUGUCCAUCGCCCUGUCCGAUCCGACACCUGUGCCUGUCAGAGCAAGAACCCGACGAGCUUCCUCCAAGCCCAUCGACAUCAAGAUCCCGAUCGACCUCUCGCUACGCGAUGCCGAAGAGGCCAUCACCCUCCAGCCCACGACCCUUCCCGAUAUUCACGACACUCCCCUCAUGGGCGAGAUUCGCGAGAUCCAAAGCAAGCAUCCCGACCACAUCCUCCUCGUUCAAGUCGGAGGAUUCUAUGAGGUCUACAAACUUCCGGGGUACGAUUAUUUCCAGCAAGUCGCCGAGAUAUGCGAUCUCAGGGUCGCGAACGGGAAGGUGCCGUUUGUGGGCUUCCCAGUCUCGCAGCUUCUGCGCUAUCUUGAGCGUCUACUCAAGGCCGGCAAGACCGUCGCCGUCGUCGACCAGGUGGAUGACGACCGCCUGUCAAGGACGAAAACCAAGCUCAGGGCUGUCACACGGAUAGCCACUCCCGGAGCCAUGCUGGACGAACACUGGCUCGAGAGCAAGGACAACAACUUCUUCAUGUCACUGCUCGUUCUGCAGCCCGAUGACCUGUCACCUUCGAGCCCGCUGGCCCUCGCGUGGCUGGACAUCUCCACGGGCGAAUUCUUUGUCGGCAGCUCAACCCUCGGCUCGCUUCCGUCUGUCCUCGUCAAGGUCCAGCCCAGAGAAUUUGUCGUCGAGAAAUCGCUCGUGGACCAGGGCCAUCCAGCCGCUGUCGCCGUUCAGGACUACAUCCAACGGGAGAGCAGCGGCAUCACCCCGCUGAUCGCCCGAAAGCCGUCAAAGGAGUUUUCCCAUGCAACCGCCCAUCCGACCUUUGUGAAACUACUCCAGAGCAACAUGGCCAAGCUCGGGACGGCCCGCCAGCGGCAUGCUGUGACCCCGCUGUCCCAUCCAGCUCACGAAGCGACGGACGUCUCGGAGCUGCUCGGCCAAUUCACCAAGCCACAGAUCCAAGCGGCUGGAGCACUCCUGAGACACGUAGCCGCCAUCUAUCCCACGCGAUCACUGUCGCUCUUCAACCCAAGCAAGGAUGCAGCCUUGGGGGAGACCAUGACAAUCGACGCCGUUACGCAUGCCUCGCUCGAACUCACAAAAACUCAGCGAACCGGGCUCACCAAGGGCAGCCUGCUCAGUGAAAUCGACGAAACCGUUACGGCGGUCGGCUCCCGACUACUUGUCCAGCGUAUCAAGGCUCCUUCGACGUCGGUCCCGGAGAUUGAGCGGCGGCUCAAUCUGGUCGAAGUGUUUUUCACCAACUCGCACCUGCUUGUCGAUGUGCGCACCGCCCUCAAGUCCUUCAAAGAUAUUGAACGCGCCCUGUCCAAACUGCACCUCAACCGCGGCGGGCCAGCAGACUUCCACCAUGUCAUACAGAGCCUUAAGAUCUCCCGCGAUCUACGACAGCUCUUGCUGGACUACGCAGAGUCUCCACAGGGUCAGGCAUUGGCUCCAAAGCUCAGACAAUCGCUCCUUGGCCUGACCAGGGCCAUCCCCCUGUUUGAUGAUCUGAUCGAAAGGUACGAAGGCUUUGUUUCCGAGGAUUACCUGGUCGAGAACAUUGACACAACCGACCAGCCGCGGAUUAUUCGAGCGGGGUUCGCCCAUGAGUUGGACAGGCUCUUGGAACAACGAGCUGAGCUCAUUCAGCGAAGCGAGGCUCUGCGACAGGAUCUGACAAAGGAGUAUGUGAGCCCUCGGUCUGCCAAUGCUGCAAACCUUUGCUUCGACCCAAAGCACGGCUGUCUCGUCGAAUUCCGGACAGCAGCCCUUCUGAACCAAAAGGUUGAGGCCUCAAGGGACCUGAAGCCCUUGAGCGUGCAAAAAAACUCAAAGCUGACGCGCUUUCAGAGCGAGAAAUGGACCAAACUAUACAAUUUGAUUCAGCUCAACUCGGAGCAGAUCUCGAUUCUGCAAAAGGACAUCUUUGCGGAUGCCGUUCGCCGGCUGAUUGUAGAGUCGUUUCUGAUCAAGGAGGCCGCCAGCGCAGUCGCAGAGAUCGAUGUCAGCGCCGCUCUUGCUCACUGCGCGCUCGAGCGCAAGUUUACUCGGCCACAAAUCACGACAGAGAUUGUAGGCGGUAGACACCCCACGGUCGAGCGGAUGCAACAGCUGCGCGGAAUCCAGUUUGUCAGGAACGACUCGAAUCUCAAUCCCAACGAAAGCAUAUGGGUGAUCACUGGGAUCGGCAGCUUUGUCCCUGCCGAGUCGGCCCUGAUCGGCAUUGCAGACCGCAUCUUUACUCGAAUCGGCUCAUCGGAUGACCUUGGUGGCAAUCGUUCGACUUUUAUGGUCGAAAUGGAGGAAACGGCCUCGAUCCUGGCCAAUGCAACGGCCCAGAGUCUGGUGAUCAUGGAUGAGGUUGGACGGGGAACCUCGUCACAGGACGGUGUUGCGCUGGCGAUGGCCAUCAUCCAGUACCUCCACGACCGUGUGCGAUGCCGGACGCUUUUUGCAACGCACUACCACGAACUGGCGAAUCUACUGGAGAUGCCUGGGUCAAGCCCAUCCGCAGACAGCACCCGCAUUCAGCUCGAGCAUGUGCGAUUCUACCACACCGGAAUCCACUUUGGCCAGAACGGCAAGUUUGCGCUUGUGUACAAGGUCCUCCCGGGUGUGAUGACCAAGUCGCAUGGCAUCGAUAUUGCCCGGCUCAUGGGCCUUCCGGCGUCGGUGGUCGACAACGCAGCCAUGUUCUUCUCGCGUCUUGGCUCCUCCGAGCCAGGGCAAAGUCCUCGCUGA